AUGUUUAGACGAGGGCGGUUCUUUGGCGGCGGUAUAACGAAGCAGGAGUCGGAAAUCCUGGACUACAUCGAGGGACGCGACGAUGCGCCGGCGGAAAAGAUUGACGCCGGCUGGUUGAAGAAGAUGGUGCUCAACUUUGAGAAACACAUUACGAAGAACGCCGAGCUCCGCUCCAAAUACGAGGACCAGCCGCAAAAGUUUAUGGAAAGCGAAUCCGAUCUGGACACCGACAUCAAGACGCUGUCGAUCCUCUCCCAAUACCCCGAGCUCUACCCGGAGCUGGUGAACCUCGGGAGCGCCGCGAGCCUGGUGGGUCUGCUCGCGCACGACAACACCGACAUCGCGAUAGGAGUCAUGGACGUACUAGACGAGCUGACGGACGAGAACGUCACCGCCGACGACGACCAGUGGGGUGCCCUAGUGGACGCCAUGCUCGACACGGACCUGCUCGACCUCCUGGUCUCCAAUAUCAGCCGGCUCGACGAGAGAGACGAGCGCGACAGGGAAGGCGUGUACCACGCCUUGUCCAUCGUCGAGAACCUCUGCUCGCGCGAGGCCAUUGCGAAACAGGUCGGCAAGGAAGACAAGCUCGUCCGGUGGCUCCUCGAGCGCACCCAGCGCAGCGAAAAGGAAGUGAGCCAGAACAAGCAGUACGCCGCCGAGAUCGUCGCCAUCCUCGCCCAAUCCGCCCCCGUGAACAGGGACCGCCUCGUCCAACUCGACGCCGUCGACGCCAUGCUGCAGCUCGCCUCCGCCUACCGCAAGCGCGACCCGGACAGCUCGAGCGACGAAGAAGAAUACAUGGCGAACCUCUUCGAGAUCCUCACGGCCCUCGCCGACACCCCGGCCGGCAAGUUCAAGCUGGUCGACGCCGAGGGCGUGGAGCUGUGCCUCCUCAUGCUCAAGGAGGGCAGCAAGAGCAAGCCCUGCGCCCUGCGGCUGCUCGCCCACGCCGCCGCCCUCGGCGGCACCGCCAAGGACGAGGCGGCGGCGGCGACGGCCGUGUGCAAGCAGCUCGUCGAAGCGGGCGGUCUCAAGACCACCUUUACCGCGUUUAUGAAGACGCACGACGCCUCGGCCGUCGAGCACCUCUUGGGCAUCUUUGCGUCCAUGCUGCGCCUCCUCCCCGGCGACUCUCCCGAGCGCAUACGCGUGCUCGCCAAGUUCGUCGAAAAGGACUACGAGAAGCUCGCGCGCCUGCUCAAGUUGCGUCAGGGCUACGUCGCGCGGAUCAAGCGGGCCGAGCAGGAGUUCGCGUCCUUUGGGGAAGCUGAAGGCGAGGACCGCGACGAGGACCUCUAUCAGGCGGAGCUCUUUUCUCGGCGCCUCGACGCCGGACUCUUCUCCCUUCAGUCCAUCGACGUCAUCCUUGCCUGGUUGGUGGCGGAAGACGACGGGGCGAGGGCGCGCGUGGUCAAGCUCUUGAAGGAGGCCGGCCUCGGACUCGAUGCGGUCAAGGCGACGAUUCAGGAACAGCUGGGCGAGCUUGACGAUGCGGAAGAGACAAAGGACACGAGGGAAAUGCUAGGGAUAUUACUGGAGUUUUUGUAA